UUUUAAAAGGCACCUGCUUACACAUCGAAUCAUUCAGUCUUUUCACUACCGUCUAAAGAGAACAGUCCUUAACUUGAAAACAAAUUUAAAUUAAAAUAUUUUCAAAAUGCCGACCGCCGUAUCACAAACAAUUAAUUUCUACAAAGGAAAAUUUCAAUUGAAAAAUGAAAUUAAAAAAUUUAAUUUAAAAAAUAUGGACGAAGCUCUCAAUAUAUGUGAUUUGACCACUGUAAUAAAUAAAUUUUAUACAUGGAAGCAACUCAUGCCGAAUGUAACCCCAUAUUAUGCUGUUAAGUGUAACGAUGAUCCUUAUAUUAUAAAAACUCUUGCUGAUCUUGGCGCCGGAUUUGAUUGUGCAUCGAAGAAUGAAAUAAAACAAGUUCUUGAGCUGGGUGUAAGUCCAGAACGGAUCAUUUUUGCGAAUCCUAUGAAGGCGACUUCGCACAUUGAAUAUGCAAAGUCGGAAAACGUCACUGAUAGCACCGUGGAUAAUGAAUUUGAAUUGUAUAAGAUUUUUAAAAGUUUUGGCGAGUCCAAUGUGGUUCUUCGAUUUCUUUCGGAAGCUGAAAACGCACUGUGUCCACUUGGCGAUAAGUUUGGAUGCGACGCCUUUGAAGAUGCUGCUGCAGUGAUUCUACUAGCUGGAAGUUUAGGGAUGAACGUUAUUGGUGUGAGUUUCCAUGUUGGAUCCGGGUGCAGCGAUUAUCCAGCAUAUGAAAGGGCUAUUUCUACAGGUGCCCAGUUAUUCAAAUUCGGAAAACUAAUCGGCCAUCAUAUGACAUUACUUGAUAUUGGCGGUGGAUUCCCUGGCGAUAACGAUGCUAUGUUUGCAAAAAUUGCUAGGGUAGUUAACAGUUCUGUGGACAAAUAUUUUAAGGGCAUUCCGGUGCGAGUUAUUGGGGAGCCUGGACGUUACUUUGUAGCAGCUGCGUACACACUUGUUUGUAAAGUUUAUUCUAAACGUGAAAUCAGAGACACCGAUGGAAGACUCAAGAAGAUUAUGUAUUAUAUCAACGACGGGGCAUAUGGAACAUUCAAUUGUCUUCUGUAUGAUCACAUCAAUAUCAAAGCAAUUCAUUUCGAGAGUGAAGUGAAAGAAACAUUCAAUAGCUUAAUUUGGGGACCAACUUGUGAUGCACUCGAUAAGAUAUGUGAUAACUUGUAUCUUCCGAAUUUGAAAGAGGGAGACUUUAUUGCCUUUCCAAACAUGGGAGCUUACACCAUUCCUACUGCCAGUCCAUUUAAUGGAUUUAGUGUUCCUAAGACCCGAUAUUUUUUAAGAAGCGAUUUUUUAUAAUAAACGGGUUGUGUUUCGAUGUGACACAUUAUAUUUUAAAUAAAAUAUUUAAAAGCAUA